CACGAGGUUAAAAGCCGAAAUGUUUUGGUUUUCGUGGUUUUCCCCAAGUUUAGCUACUUUGUUUGAACAAGUCUUUGCCUGUAUGUAGCUUGACACUUACUAUUAGCGCGACAGAUGGAUGCCUUUCACAGACACCGUUCACUUUACAAAGGAACGACUCCGCCAUGGAAAGAAACAUACCGCAAGCGCUGUGUGGACAGACUCAAAAACAGCCGGUCGAGGCUGCUGGACAGAUAUCGUCAGAUGGGAGAGAGCCAGCAGUGCAGCGGCUCCGGGGCCUCCAUCAUCGUCCAGGAGGUGAUGGAGCAGGAGUGGACCGCCCUGCAGUCAGAGGACCGGAGGCUGCCCUCGCUGUGGGGGCCAGAGGGCAGAGCAGAGAUGUUCAGUGUCAUGAAGGAGUAUGAUGAACUGGCAGUGCUCGAAGAGAUCCAGCAGGAGCUCAUGUCUCAAGAAAUGUCUAUUAUUGAAGAGUAUGAGAGGAACCUGCAGUUUGAGCAGCAGUACAUAUCGUCUGUUGUGGAAGGGAUGGAAGAGAUGGAAGAGAUGCACAUAAUUUGCCCCGUAUGUCACACGAACAACUUAAACAUCAACAGCCACUUUGUCUCCUGUCCCUGUGGACUUUACAUUAACACUAAGAAACAGAACGUCACCCCCGACAUCCUGCGGCAUCUUCUCGAGUCCAGGGUCUCCGAGCACAUGGAGGAUUGUCUCCACAACCCCGUUUUCUCUGUAGCUGCCAACACAGACAGCUCCCCCAGCCUGAUGAUAAGCUGCAAGGUGUGUGACUACCUGUCCAUUGUGCUGUGAAAGCAGACCUGCCAGUCAUGAGUUACUUAACUCGUGACAUUUGAUGUUUUAUAUUUUUGUUCUCUAUGUGUUUUCAAAUAAAGCUAUUUUAUAUAAAUACUGUACAGAUGUUCUUUAUUGUGCUGUACCAUUUGACGCCUGUAGUCAUAUUGAAGCUUUGAUAAAUUUGUGUAUGAAUCAUUUUACUAUCAUAAAGUUCAUUGAAACUAUUUAGCUUUUUAAGUUACAUAAAUAAAAUCUGACUGCUAUACUUGUACAACAGAAAAUUGUUGAAACUUAACUUGACAUAUUUGAUAUUUUAUAUUUUGACUACUGUGUGUGCUAUUGUGGAUUAAGGGUAAUGUAUUUGGACCUGAAGUUGCAGCUGGAGUCUUGCACAGUUCACAUUUUCCUGGAUGUAAAUGUAAUGCAACCUCAUACCACCAAAACAUAGAGAUGCUAUUGCACUGCACAUUUCAGACACAUGAUAUAAACAAAACAUUUAUUUUUGUUCUUUUUGUCUAGUGCAACAUGUCUCAGUACUCUGAUCUCUUUCACUUAACUUAUCCAUACCAACCAGGUUUUUUAAUCCUUGUGCAAUUUUUCAGUAUUUCUCAA